CGCUGCCCUCCUCCCCCUCGUAUAUCUCAGCACCGUCCUCGCUGCCCCAGGCGGCCAGGUCGUCCUCGACAAUGCCCUUCAGGGUCAGUUCGACCACCUCCUCCAUGCCGGCGACAAGGCGCUCAAGCACUCCUCUGGCACUAUCGACAAGUGGGUUCAGGAGGGCAAGAAGACGGGCAAGGAGAUGGUUCAUAAGUGGAGUGAGGCCGGAAAGGAGUUCGUGCACCAGAACGGUGUCACUUACGAGCUCGUGCAGCACCCGCACUUCAAGAACUACAAGCUCAGGGUCACUGAGCCAACGCUCUGCGACGCCUCGGUGAAGCAGUACUCUGGGUACUUGGAUAUCUCCGACUCGAAGCACCUUUUCUUCUGGUUCUUUGAAUCCCGCGUCUCCCCCGAGACCGCCCCGCUCGUCAUGUGGCUCAACGGUGGCCCGGGCUGUAGCUCCUCGACCGGCCUGCUUAUGGAACUCGGCCCGUGCGCCAUCGCCGAUGAAGGCAAGAACACGACGGUGAACGAGCACAGCUGGAAUACGCACGCGAACAUGGUCUUCCUCGACCAGCCCGUCGACGUCGGCUUCUCGUACACAGACAACGGGGAGAGCGUCAACAACUCGGAGGACGCGGGCAUCGACGUGCACGCGUUCAUGCAGCUCUUCCUCUCGCGCUUCCCGCAGUACGCCGCGCUGCCGUUCCAUGUCGCCACCGAAUCCUACGGAGGCACGUUCGCGCCCAACAUCGCGCAUGCGAUCCACAGCGAGAACAAGAAGCUGUUCAGCCAGGGCUUCGCGCCCGCGCCGGGCCUGAGCAAGAUCAACCUCGAGUCGCUGUUGAUUGGGAACGGGAUGACGGACAACUACGUGCAGAUGGCGUCGAUGCCUGACUAUUUGUGCGAGGGCCCCUACCCGAUCUACGACGACCCCGAGGGUGCGCAGUGCCAGGCGCUGAGGAGCAAGGUCCCGACGUGCCAAAGGCUCAUCAAGGCGUGCCGCGACUACAACUCGCGCUUCACGUGUGUGCCCGCCGCACUGUACUGCAACAGUCAGCUGUAUGCGCCUGUCCAGCAGUCCGGUCUGAACCCGUACGACGCACGCCGCACGUGCGACCGUGAGCGCGACGGCCCGCUGUGCUACCAGCAGUUGGGUUGGAUCGAGACCUGGAUGAACCAGGCGGAGGUGAAGCAGGCGCUUGGCGUGGACCCGUCGCGGACGUUUGAGUCGUGCAACAUGAACGUCAACCAGGCGUUCCUCAUGCAGGGCGACAGUAUGCACUACACGCCUGCGCUGCUCACGGACCUUGUUAACGACGGUGUGAGGUUGUUGAUUUAUGCUGGCAAUGCUGACAUGAUGUGCAACUACAUGGGCAACGAGCGCUGGUUGACCGACAUGGACUCGGUAUUUAAAGACGAGUUCGGCAAGGCAGUGAAUGAGCCGUGGACGACGCUCCGCUCGGGCACCAAAGCGGGCACUGUGCGCACUGCGGGCGCUUCUGGCGCUGGCAAUGUCACGUUUGUGACUAUCCAUGAGGCUGGACAUAUGGUUCCGUUUGACCAGCCCGAGGCCGGACUGGACAUGUUCAACCGCUGGAUCUUCAACCUUCCGCUUAAUGAGAACACGGAUGCGCACUCGCGCUUGCUGUGAACGUGUCCGAUCUCGCGCGGUAGAUAUACGUGAAUCCCUUAAUAAGAGCUACAGAUAUUCACUAUCACUAUCAUUUGGUUAUUAUCGUUAACGACACGACAUGACGCGAUUUUGAAUAAAUUAUGUUGCGGGUUGCAAUUCACUUUGACUCGUUUGACUCGACUGUUGACGUCUACUCGUGCCAGACCUCUUCUCUGUUGAGCCUCUUCCCCAGGAAGGAGUGUCUGAGAAACAUGGCGCGGCGCGGCGCUUAUUAAGUGACGCCAUACAAAUAAGGAGCCGAAAAUGAGUCG